AUUUUCAAUGUUUUUUCUUAGAAUUUGGAAACUUUCAAAUAAACAUUUCUUUAAAUUUCAAGCAAAAAGGCAGGUUUUGCACUCUCUUCGAGCAUUUGUACAUUAUCAAGUGAGUGUUGAACCCGGAAGGACUUCAUUUGCUUUGCCAUUUUGCUGUAAAACAAAGUUUAACGUCUUAACCUUGGGAGGAUUGAAACGUCAAAAUAUGGCUACAAGUUCAAACGAUGGGAAGAAGGCUAACCGUUUGUUAAAAGAAAGAUCACCGUAUCUUUUACAGCAUGCUUAUAAUCCUGUAGACUGGUAUCCUUGGGGUGAAGAAGCAUUUGAAAAAUCAAAAAAGGAACAGAAACCCAUCUUUUUAUCAGUUGGUUAUUCAACAUGUCACUGGUGUCACGUCAUGGAACGAGAGUCGUUUGAAGAUGUUCAGAUCGCUAAGAUACUAAAUGAACAUUUUGUGCCAAUCAAAGUCGACCGCGAGGAGAGGCCUGAUGUUGACAGAGUGUACAUGAAUUUUGUACAGGCAACCACAGGUCAUGGUGGAUGGCCAAUGAAUGUUUGGUUAAUGCCUGAUCUUCAACCCUUCGUUGGCGGCACUUAUUUUCCUCCUGCGGAUAUCACGGGGAGACACGGAUUCAAGACAAUUUUACUGUUCCUUGUGAAACAGUGGAAAGAGAAUCAAAGUCGUCUUGGCAUGCAAGGAAAUAUUGUGAUGACGGCCAUCAAACAACAGCUGGAAGUGAUCAUGAGCGCUCAACAAAAAGCCCCUGAGACGAAAUGUAUCGAAAGCUUGUUCAAGAAGCUGAAAGAUUCGUUUGAUGAAACUCUUGGCGGAUUUGGUGGCGCGCCAAAAUUCCCGCAACCAAGUAAUUUUAGUUUUUUGAUGAACUAUCAUUCGUGGUGUCCUGAAACGAAAAACGGCAAGAAAGCGUUGAAGAUGACGUUGAGAAUUCUGGAUGCGAUGAACGAUGGAGGGAUACACGAUCAUGUUGGUCAGGGAUUUCAUCGUUACUCGACUGACGCGGAAUGGCAUGUUCCACAUUUUGAGAAGAUGCUUUACGACCAGAGUCAGCUGGCUGACACGUAUCUCAAUGCCUAUCAAAUUACUCGCGAUGAAAAAUAUGCCGAGACUGCCAAAGAUAUUCUGCUGUACGUUAUGCGAGAUCUCAGCGACAAGAAUGGUGGUUUUUAUGCAGCUGAGGACGCUGAUUCCUUGCCAACCUCUGAAUCAAACAGCAAAAAGGAAGGUGCAUUUUGCGUUUGGGAAAGCAACGAGAUUAAAUCGUUGUUAUCAGAGCCUGUCAGUAGCGAAGUUAAGACAACUCUUGCAGAACUUUUUGCGAAACAUUAUGGCGUCAAAGACGAUGGAAAUGUGAAAUCUUCACAGGACCCUCAUGGUGAACUAAAGAAACAGAAUGUGCUCAUCGUCCGCGGCAGUGUUGAAGAAACGGCGAAACAUUUUGAACUAGAUGUCACCACGACUGAAGAUGCCUUACGAAAAUCUUGCGAAAUUUUAUUUGAAGAAAGAUUAAAACGUCCCAAACCGCACCUCGACACGAAAAUGGUCACAUCUUGGAAUGGGCUGAUGAUCGCCGCAUUUGCUAAAGCUGGUUGUAUAUUGAAGGAUGACGUUUACUUGAAGCGGGCCAUCAAGGCUGCUUCGUUUACGAGGAAGCAUUUAUGGAAUAAAGAGUCGGGAAGCUUGAUAAGAAGUUGUUACAAAGGCGACGAUGGGGAAAUAGUUCAACUUGAGAAACCUGUCGAUGGUUUUUCGGACGAUUAUUCAUUUCUGAUUCACGGGUUGUUGGAGCUCUAUCAAGCAUCAUUCGACGAACAGUGGUUGGAAUGGGCCGCUCAGUUGCAAGAGAGACAAAACGAGUUGCUGUGGGAUGAUCAGGCUGGAGGAUACUUUGAAGGAGGCGAACAGUCUAAACUGUUACUUCGACUGAAGCAAGAUCAAGAUGGCGCAGAGCCAAGCGGGAACUCCAUCGCUGCCACAAAUUUGAUGAGGUUGUCUUCGUUUCUUGAUAAGAAAGAAUAUCGCGAGAAGGCUGCGAAGAUUUACGCUUUGUUUGAACCAAGACUGAGUAAAAUGCCACACGCGUUGCCUCAGCUCAUGGCUUCCUUUAUCGUCUACACUGGAACACAAAAACAAAUAAUCAUUGCCGGUGAAAAGGACACAGAAGAUACCAAAAAACUACUGGAAACUGUUCAUUCAUUUUUCAAUCCGAAUAAGAUUCUUAUUUUAUGCAACGAAAAAGACAACAGUUUCCUAUCGUCGAAGCUCAGCGUUCUGAAGACUUUAAAAAAGGUGGACGAUAAAUCGACUGCAUAUGUGUGUGAAAACUUUGCCUGCAAGCUUCCUGUCACAACUAAAGAAGAAUUAGCGAAACUUCUGGAGGAGAAACAGGUCUAACGAGUGUUACGCUAAAAGUGUUAAUGGGUGGUAGAUGGUAGAAGCAGUCUUUGGAAAUCAGCUUGGUCGUUCGGUCGUUAAACCAUCGUGUAGACCUGCGUAGAUAUAGCAAAAUAUUCCUAGUUUAUGGAUUAAGAUAUUUUUAGUAAGCAGUAAAUAAUGAUUCUAGCAACUUGUAUGAAAAUUAUAAAGUGCAUGGUUCAA